AUGGAGAUGGCACGUCCUAACAAAGAUGCAGACGAACUUGAUCCAAAAAUGGGCUUAACAGAGCUAGUCGAGUUCCUCAGGAAGGGGACCCCAGAAGUUCGAACGCCUCAGAAAAGGGAAGUGCUUUUGGAUUCCAUCUUCGCCUUUUGUUGUGGCUGUAUCAAAGACGCUCUGCGAAAACCACAGAAGAAGUCGAAAGAAGCGCUUGCCAGUGUUUGGGAAACUUUUACGGAGGUCGCCAAAAAUGUUGAAUGGAACGACCCAUUUCAUGAUAGGCUGAUUUGCUUGCUCCUUUGGACGAAAGAAUUUGAUGUUCUUCGCAGAAGCCUUCGCCCACAAGAAACGAAGACCGAUUCGGAAUGGCAAUGUGAGCACUUGCUAGGAGUUAUGCAGAACUCAUGGGAGGAACUGGUAUUUGCAACCCAUGACACUUUAGCAAAACAAUGCAAUCUUGCUAGUUUCGCUGCUACGGCCUUGGCGAUCGGUACUCACGACUGGGUUGGUAUUACUGCACUAUGGUACCUGGGCGAGGCUCUUGAGACAAGCGACGAAAAGACCAUGCGCUUGGCGCCGGUAACAAUCAUUUGGAUUCGAACAGCCGGUCCUAAGCUACUCACAUUCUCAAUGCUCGAAAAGAAAUGGAGAAAUCAGGAGAUUAAUGAGAAGGUUGUGAUCGACGUAGCAUGGAUCCAGAUUCCUGGAAAAUUAGCACAAGAGGGCGGAGUUACCUACCACGGGUUUAGCUUGAAGCGAUGGAUGUUCUGGAAAUCGCGCUUUGAAAAGCUUGCGCAAGAUGAAGACGAGGAAGUUCGUGUAUGGGCUACAGAUACAGUCGAGUAUAUGACUGAGUUCGAUAGUAUGUUAGGCUACAACCUAGCAGACGAGGCAAAAGAGGAAUCAGAGUCGCCGAAUGUCCUGAGAGAUAAAAUUGAAAAUGUGAAACCGAGUAAGAACAUCGACAAGAUUCAUGAAAAUGACAACGGGAAACAAAAGCUUGAUGACAGGAAUUGCAAAUGA